CAUUAAGGGCUUAGGAAGUUGUAGAAGACACCACUAAGGCAGGAUGGAGUGGGCUUGCAUGCUUACUUCAAGAUGGAAGGAGGCACUCAAGUAGCAGAGAGGUCGACGACUAUUUGAAAUACAAAUACAGGAAGAAGACAAGCCACUCCAUUUCAUUCCGUUAUUGUCAGCACGGUAAAAGAAUUGCAAGUGCCUUUUGUGUAAUAGAUCUCUAGGUGAAGGGAGAGUGUGGUUGGGCAGGAAGACCUGACCCAUAUAAGGUGAUGACAGCUUCACUGUAGCUCAGAAUGAACUUGAACUGGUGAAAUCUCCUGUCUCUGGCUCCCCAGCGCUGGCAUGGCAGGUCCAGUUGUCCCUUCGCUGUCUCGUAUGGACGCCCCAAGGUUCCCAGAGGAAACCGUCCUCAUUACUGGAGGAGGAGGAUAUUUUGGCUUCCGCCUCGGCUGCACUCUGAACCAGAAAGGAAUCCAUGUGAUCCUGUUUGACAUCAGCGAACCAUCCCAGAACCUUCCAGAGGGAAUCACAUUCGUCCGUGGAGAUAUCCGCUGCCUCUCUGACCUGGCGGCGGCUUUCCAGGAUGCUGACAUCACGUGCGUGUUCCACAUCGCCUCUUACGGCAUGUCUGGGAGGGAGCAACUGAACAAAACCCGGAUCGAAGAGGUCAACGUGGGUGGCACAGAGAACAUCCUCCAGGCCUGCCUGGAGAGAGGAGUGCCCAGCUUAGUCUACACGAGCACAUUCAAUGUCAUCUUCGGAGGUCAAGUCAUCAGAAACGGGGAUGAGUCCCUGCCUUACCUGCCUCUUCACCUGCACCCGGAUCACUACUCCAGGACCAAAUCCAUCGCAGAGAAGAAGAUCCUGGAAGCCAACGGCUUGGCCUUCAAGCAAGGCAACGGUAUACUCAGAACCUGCGCGAUAAGGCCAGCUGGUAUCUAUGGGGCCGGAGAGCAAAGGCACCUUCCCAGGAUAGUGAGUUACAUUGAGAGGGGCCUGUUCAGAUUUGUGUACGGGGACCCUCAGAGCCUGGUAGACUUUGUCCACGUAGAUAACCUGGCGAAGGCACACAUUCUGGCCUCUGAGGCUCUGAAAGCCGAUAAAGGCCAUGUUGCCUCUGGGCAGCCCUACUUCAUCUCAGACGGUAGACCUGUAAAUAACUUUGAGUUCUUUAGGCCACUGGUUGAGGGCCUGGGCUACACAUUCCCAUCCACCCGCCUGCCUCUAACCCUCAUCUACUACUUUGCUUUCCUGGUAGAGAUAGCCCACUUCAUUGUGGGCAAGCUCUACAACUUCCAGCCCUUCCUCACCCGCACUGAGGUUUAUAAAACUGGCGUCACACAUUACUUCAGCUUAGAGAAAGCCAAGAGAGAGCUAGGCUACCAGCCUCAGCCAUUUGACCUGCAGGACGUGGUAGAGUGGUUUAAAGCCCAAGGUCAUGGCAGAAGGUCUGGAGGUCAAGACUCAGAGUUUAUUCUGUGGGAUGGAAUUCUGGUCCUCCUCUUGGCACUUUCUCUUCUUGUGUGGAUCCCUCCUUCCACAAUCCUGUCCAUAUGAAGAGAAAAACUAUCCACAGGAGUUGAACCUCACUUCCUGGGAUGGUUUUCAAGGAUGCAGGUUUUGGAAGAUGUGUCACAUUAUCUGGUAACCAUUCCUGGGUCUUCAAAUUACUUCUUAACAAUGGGUCUUUAAACUUCAUGACCAGGGAUGGGCUACCUUCUUGUGAGUCGUUGAUCAGGGAGACUCCUGAGGCCUCCAAACCAGUAUUGGUUGUUGCCAGUGCUCUUGGUUGUCCACCGGAGCUAAAUAGUAAGACUCUAUUGCCUAAGGUACCAUACACCUUAACUGAAGCACAUAAAGAUAUCCAGCUGGAACUGAACUGGAAGCUUCCUCUCUGCUUACUAGAUUUCAUAGUUCCAGAAGGGUCUAUACAGGCUGCUGGAAGAAAACAGUCUUAUUUAGCUGUGGACCCUGCAAACAGCACUACCAAUACUGGGCAAGGUGUACCCUCUAGUGCAACAGUGGCAUGUCUGUUAGGGGAGUAACCAACUACUUCAGAAUUGGAUUGGAGGCUGGUCCCAGGGGAGGGAGUUUGUUCCUGGUGCUGUAAACCUGGCCAAAAGCUUGUGGAUAGUGAGGUCAUAGGCCAAGUGUGACCUAUUGCUGUUAUUUUGCUGGAUCCGGAAGCCGUACCCGCAAACUGCUCUCUAACUUCUUAUGUUUAUGUCUGUAGAUUAGUGCUACUCUCAGCUGUGAUCAGAGACGCUUCUCCCUGCAGUGGGCACCAGUUACACUUCGGAGGUUCAUAACUGGUCAAAGCACUGAGUGUUGAGUAUUCGUCCAUAGGCAGGACUCCCUCAAAGCCUCACAGGACUUUGUAGCAAAGUGGGUGGAAAGGAUGCAAAAGCAGGAGGAAGCGGGGCAGGUGUUAGGGAGACAGUCUCCUGAGAAUGACAUGACUACUGUCCUCAUGACCUAACGGUAGCUGUGAGAUAGUACUAGACUCUAUACGAUAGGAUCUGUCACCAUUCUGCCAUGGGAAGGAGAGAGGCUCGUGGUAUCCACUCCUCCCUGAAAAGCUGAAGGUGGUUGGUGGUUUCUGGGGAAGAGGAGACACUUUCUCUAGUGGUUCAGUUACUUACUCCUAAGUUGCUCCAUGUUCCUGUAAGUAAAUUUAAUGAAACUCUUUGGGACACGGACACACAAACACACACACACGGUUUAGAAAGGAAUCUAGUUGGGAAGAGAUUAGGAAUGGGACAAAAGAGGGUGUGGGGGUGAAUCUGAUCAAACUACAUUAUAUACAUGUUCGAAAAUGUCAUAGUGAAACUCUUAUAUACUUAACCCAUGCUAAUAAAAAAGGAAAAAUGAA